AUGGUUGGGAACCUAAGGUAUCUUUGUAAUACUAGGCCUGAUCUUAGCUACAAUGUGGGUGUUAUAAGCAGGUACAUGCAGAGUCUGAGAAUUUCUCAUUUGAAUGCUGCUAAGCGCAUCUUAAGGUAUUUGAAAGGUACACAUACAUAUGGAAUACCAUUGCCUAGAGGAGAACCAGGAAAAGAGGUACAAAUUACCUCUUAUUCAAAUGUAGAUUGGUGUGGGGAUAAAUGUGAUAGGAAGAGUACAGCUGGGUACGUUUUCUUCCUUGGAGGAGCACCAAUUUCAUGGAGUUUGACAAAGGAACUCGUGGUGGCUUUAUCAUCCUGUGAGGCAGAAUAUAUUGAUGCUUGUGAAGCCCCUUGUCAAGCAGCCUGGCUGAGUUCACUGAUGAAAGGGCUGAAGGUUGGUUUAGUUGGAAAAGAUGAGACUACUUGUUGA